CUCUCUCUUCCAGGCGUACCUACCGAAUGAUCGCUGUCUGAGCAGGAUGUGUCGACCGUAAACACACCCUAAAAUCAUUCGCGAGCAAUAAAUUAAAUUUUUAGUGUGAAUUUAGCAUUAGAAACACAUCGAAACCGUCGACAACGCACAACAUAGCCGUAAGGAUUCGGAAUUAGUGAAAUUUUGAACGCGAAAAGGUGCCCAACUCGCAGUUUCAUGGGUGCCUAUAAUUAGGGAUUUUUCUUGGCAGUUUUCUUUCUUCCUUGAUUACGUUCCAACUGAAUCGCGCGUUGCGAGUGGUUGAGUGUGUUCACAAGCGUUGGUGCAAUGUGUGUAGUGAACGAUAGAUUAAUAUUUCCGUAGCUGUGAAUGUGAUGCAUCUAGUGUGAUGAAUGUUUUGAAAUGUCCUGAUGCUCAAUGGGAAUAAACGCUAAACGUGCGAAGCGAUAACGAAAGGUGCAUUUCCAAUUAUAGCUAAUAUAGUACGCGUAGAGCAAUUUACACAAAGUGCGGGAGUUUUGUAACGAUAUGUAUUUUUUCCGUGUAAUAUAAUUGUAAGUAAACUAAGUACAAGAUAGUGAAAUAGUAGUCACGCAAUAGAUAAAUGAAGUAACAUAAAACGCAACAAUUUUUAUCGUAACUGGAGCUUUUAUAUUAAAUCGAGAAAUACAACGCAGCCGCAGAAAUCGCCAUUAUCGGCUAUAAUCAAAAUACAACCUGCCCAAACGGCCCAAGAUGACCGGUUCCAACGAACUGCUGCAUCUGCGCCUGCUUCGCGAGGUGCUUUACGAUCUUGACAUCGAGGACAUCCAGGAUGAUCUCAUCGACAAGAGAAUUUUCAGCAAGGCAGACUGCGACGAACUGCUAGCGGAGACGAACGAAGAUCACCGAUUAGAUCUGAUGUUCACUAUUCUAGAGCAGAAGGUCCAUAGCGGACAAGUGAUGGUCGUCAAAAAAUUCAUGGAAGUUUUGAAGCCCUACUACCAAUGGAUCGUCGACAGGCACGAGGAGGACGUAAAAGGUGGUGUAACUGGCCCGAUCAGUCGUUAUCUGUCCUACCGUAACAACACCACAAUGCCUAACAUCGACGAACUGAAUGUUUAUCGGCGAGAGGAUCUCUGGCAAAUUCAAAAACACCUCAAACUACUGAAGCACGGUGUUCGCGGUGCACGGUAUCUCUUUGUCUACGGUGGUUUCGGUACAGGCAAGUGGACCCUAGUAAAUCAAGCUUGCGAAAGUUUCUCCAUUGUCGAGCACAUGGGCUACAACAUCUUCUAUCUAAGUUUGGCAAACUGUCGAGCACCCGAACAGAUCUUGGAGCUUUUAGAAAAUCUAAGCAUUCAAAUGGAGACCGAUUAUAAGGCCGACGAUAUCACCUAUAACGGACGCUAUCCCACAAAUGAAAUUCACCUGCGUAAACGUCAGCUGCUUCAACUAUUUGAAAAUAGCUUCCGAAGCAGUCUCCUGAUCCUGUCACAUGUACGCGAUCCCGCACUAAUCAAAGCAUUUGAUCUCAAAUGCAAAACCCUAGUUAUCACCAGUAACCGGGACGUGAUUGAUAGCAUUAAUGAAAAUGAGCGGUUCGUCGUUCAACUGAAACACGGUUUCACCGAAGAUGAAAGCAUGGAACUAUUCGGGAUAGCACUUCGGCUAAAAGCGCACCAUUUGCCAUCGGAAGCGCACGAAAUUCACCGGACCUGCAAGGGUAAUCCAUUCGUGAUCAAACUAAUCGCAAGAAAAAUGUCCGAGUACGGGAAUGCAAUGAACAAUGUCUCCGACGAGCAUGUGGUGAAAAUUUGGCGGAAGCUGGCCAACGAUCUAAAGGCACGUUCGAUCACGAUCGAAAACAGUACAAUCAAAUCGAUUCUGGAACAACUGAGCGAGGAAGAGCAGAUAGCAUUUCGCAGCCUGGUGAUCUUUAGGGAUAAUGUUAAAAUUCCACAGAGUGUCCUCCAACGCUACUGGGCACAAUCGCCCGAACAGACGGAAUCAUUGACCAUUAGAUUAAUCAACAAGGGCCUACUGGACAAACGCUACUGUAAAGAUCAGCAAAUUUUCUAUGUCCUGCACUAUGUAUGUUAUAGCUUCUUACUUAAAGAAAAACCAGAUGAAAAUCACGCUAACCUCCAUCGUCGAUUGGUCGAAAGCUAUAGAAUUUCAGAAGCUUUACACAACCGUACGGAACUGGACCUACUGAAAUUUUUCCCAAACGACAACUACUUUCACUUCUAUAUUGCCAAUCACCUUAAAAAAUCCGAAAUGCAUGAACUGUUUCCAACCCUCUUUCUGGAUUUUGGUUUCCUGGAACAAAAACUACGAUACACUGGAUUACCCAACACCGUCGGGGACCUUCGGUUAUACCAGGAGCACAUUUUCAACCGUGUAGAUGAUCCUGAAUCCUUCGCGGAAGCGUUAACCGAAUUUCUUAUGGGUGCCGAAGUUCUGCUUUCCAAAUCGGCCGAUACGUGCUUGUUGCAGCUGGCUCUCAAUUGCCGGGGGUUGAUCGCUACAGAAGCGAAGAUUCAAGCCAACCAGUAUGACAACCGUGUUUGGUUUUGCGAUAUUGAUCACACUCAUCAGCAUCAGCUGGUUCAGGUUCGCCGAGCUCCUAUUAAAGUUCGAUUCCAGGAUCCAGGAUCGGCAUUGGUUAGUUUGGACAAUAACCAAAUAUCGCUGGUAGAUCUCUCGCCGUGGUACUCGGCACCGGUGACAAUAUUCGAUGGCAAUCAAGGCGGUGUAAUGGAAAUGCAGAUUGCAAACAAUAUCCUCGUAGCUUUGGAUGAAGCCGGUUUCCUUAACGUGUGGUCGAUGAAAAACGUUCCGGUAGAUCGAAACGCUCGACAAUUUGAAUCCGACAGCAUGAACCUUCGACCGCGUAGCCAAAGAAUACAUCCCCACGAUCCGUGCGACCGAUUCACCGGCUUUUGUGUCACGCCCAAAAUAGGCAGUACAACAAGCGGCAUCAGCCAAUGUGAAAUGUUUGCAAUAACUGAAAACGGCUUCCUGUACAUCUACGAUGGUUCGAGUAGUUUUAAAGAAAACACACGGUGCAAUACUAAGAUUAAAAAAACCUACAUCAUCAAACCGCUGAUUGACAACCCUACUCGCAUCCCAAAGUUACUUCUUCUCACGCAAGACAACCUAGGUUUCAUUUUCAACCUGAACUCCACCAGCAUCGAGUAUCGCUUUGAGGAACCAAAGGUCGUCAAUAUUCACUAUAUGGGGAAUGCUCUAGUGUCUGUUUCCCCGAACCAAAUUCGUUUGCGCACAUUCAAACGUAAUCAACGCAAUCUGCUCGAAACCGACCGACUAGAAGUAGUCUACGUAACACCUGCCCAUCAUCGAAACACUUGCAGUGCCAUCUCCGAUGAUUAUGAGUAUGUUAUUCUGGGAACAACUCAGGGUAUCUCAAUAUUCAGUAUUCGCGAUCACGUCGAAGUGCUGCGAACCAACAUCAGUCAUAACAUACUAGACGUAGAUAUCUACUCCCUGGAUGACGACCAGUACCGGUAUAUCCUGAUCUCAUCGUCCGAAGAUAGUGGAAACGUAAUAAACAUGUACUCACUUAUGGUGACGGGCACCAAUCAGUUGGUCAGCAAUCAAUAUCAACUGCAGGGCAGUACUAACUUCUUGGCUGAUCUGGAUCAUGAACCAGCCACCGUAAAAACAGUCGAUCGCAAGCGUAUCGUUCAGGAAUUACAGUAUGCUAACUUCCAAGGUAGAGACGAUUUUCGUAAGCUAAGUUCACCGGUUGAGGACAAACCAUUGGCAAGCGAGGUCAAACGACUGGUCCAAUGCCGAUCCCGGUAUUACAUUGGUCUUAAAAACGGUCAAGUGCUACGAAUGGCCGAAUGGGCCAAUCCAGCUGACGGAGAGAAACUGGAAACGAUACUGGAUUUGGGAAGGACUAUCAAGCUGCUGAAGUAUUACGAUGACCUGCAAGUACUCGUGGCUGCUACCGAUACCAACUGCAUUGUACUGUUCGAAGGAGAAUCCGAGUUAGAAAUUGAAGAGUAUGUUUGGGAGUGCUAUCUCUUCAUGGAUCGCUAUUUGGUUUUGGUUUACGAAAACUGUACUGUAGAGAUCUUAAACGUACAAACCAAGGAGAUUGAGUUCCGGCUCGAUCACAGCCUUACUUACGAUGCAUCGGCAUUCUACGAGCAAUGUCUGAUCAUCUGUUCUACUAAUGGUGCUAUCUAUCAGUUCAAAAUCUACACAGACGAAAAUGAUAAACUAGAACUCCAUCUGCUGCACAUGUACGGCCAACCGGAGAAUGGGCCGCCGAAGAGGAUUUCAAGUUGUGCUAUAUCCGCCCACGGGGAACUGCUAGCCGUAGGGUACAAACGGGGUUCCAUUGAAGUAUACAACAUAGAGGAGAGAAAACUUAUUGCCACACUGGAAUCGCACAAAUGUCCGGUUGCUUCGCUUUAUUUCAGUCCCUGGCAGGAUCCCAACAGUCCACAUAUUUUGGUCAGUAUCGGAGAACAGAUCGCAUUCUGGAGUCUGGACUAUGUGAUGAACAACCCUCGACUAGAUUCGGCUGACUUCAAAAGGCGCUCCAAUCGCUACAAGACUAGACCAUCACUCACGUCACCGGCAAUUGAUAUUCACCGGUCAUCGUUCGGUAGCCGAUCGUCAGGUUUAGCAUCCCCACUAGCAGCCAGUCCUGCCCAGAAUGGAUCGUUCACAUUUGACAUCGAUGAAGCCGCACAGCAGUGGUUAGGUAAAAUGGGGCCCUCGGACAAACCACAUCUUCUCAGUUGCAUCAAGCUGAUCGGAUCGGCCGAGAAACUGAUCAUCAGUCGCGAGUUCAACAAAUUCUUCACCAUUGACGAUGAAGGUUACCUUUACUAUCUGAGAUUAUAUCAACCGGGACGAAAUCGACUGAUGAUCAAUUUCGAGACACCUUCCAGAGGGCGACCCACGAACGGGUCAUCCUUCCUCAUCUGACUAAUGUCUCGCGGGGCCGCUCGAUCGAUACUGACCUCACUCUACUACAUUUUGAUGUACAUCUUCUACACUGCCGUGCUGAAGUAGAACAAGGAAACCCGAUUGGUGUGCCAACGUUUGCAGAUUACGAUGUAGGAGAAACGCAAUACUCCUAUUUCUAGCAGAUACUGUUCAAUUCAAUGCCAUUUGAUUGAGCGGCUUUUACCUUUACCUAAAAGUCGAAAGCAGAGUAUUUACCUCGUUCGAGGCAACAAAAAACAGUUUAUUAGUGUGUAAGCAACAAAAAGACACAAAAUCGAGUGUGAUAGCCAACGUUUUAUAUUGAGAGAACAAAAGACGAACAAAUUUUUAAUGAUAAAAAGUAUUAAGCGAAAUGAUUUUUGUAAAUUUCCUUUUUACCAGUUUAGAUGGGAGUAAAAAAAAUCGAAUUUUAGCAAUUUUUAGAAGCAAUUGAUUGAUUGUAAAUUGGAAGAACUAGGAAUCCGUCACACUCUGGCAUUUACUUAUACACAGAUUUAGGGUAUAAUUUUGCUCAAAUUGUUGCAUUUGUUUGCCAUAAGAUUUCAAUGAACAUUGAUUUCCUAUUUUAAUUUAGUUCAUUUUUCUCUAAUCAGCAUACGAUUACCCAUAUCCAAUGACAGUCGCCAUAGUAAAUUUUUAGUGGUUUGAUCUUCCACCAUACAUAAAAAACUUUUUGUUUAUCGUAUUGUAUCACCUAGAUGAUUUUGAAUAAAAGCAUUUGAAACAAA